UAUUUGUGAAAACCAUAGAAGUGAAAACGGUUUUUGAGUUUUGAACUGUAACUGUGCACAUCGUUCGUUCUCCAACUGAAAAUUUUGAAGAAAAAUGGGCGAUUUUGAAUUGAUUGAAGCAGGCUUUUGCAAUGCAGAUGAACCUAUUAAUUUUGGAACUAGGACCUGCGCAUCUGAAAGUUCAUAUGAGAUGUCUACCCUGAUUUGCUUUAAAACAGAUAAUGAACAUUUAACUGGUGUAUCGGAUGUAAUGAUAAAUACUAUUAUGAAAAACGGGCUUUUAUAUUUUUCAAAUGGGAAACAUUUGAAAGUAUUUAGAAGUCCAGAAUUUCGAGAACUAAUAUUUAAUGCAUCACUUGGCAAUGAUAUUAUUUGUAUGGCUGUAUACCCAGACCAACAGUUAGUUGCUGUAUGUUUAGACACAGGCGUUUUUAAAUUAUUAAAAAUUAACGAAAAUGGAGAGUUUACAUCAAUUUUCUCUGGAUGCCUUCACAAGGGUGCUAUUCCCCGAAAUUUAUAUGCAUAUGAUAGUAUAGAAGAUUCGAAUGGCUGCGUAGCAAAGUUUUUAGUGGUAUUUAAAGACGGAAUCGUCUUUAGAAUCUCUGUACAAGAGGCGUUAGUCAAAGAGAAUCAGUUUGAGGUCGUAAAUGAAGAAUUAUUUAAUUUAACUUCCACAGUUAAUUUAUCAUCAUUCCUUCAUCCGUUACUUUUAACCAUUGGGUCCUGUUGCAGUGUUUUAAAUACAGAGACCCGAGAAGUUAUUAAACUCGAUUUACCGUUUCAAGUUAAAAAGAUAUUUCCAUUAGGCUGUAAAUUUUUGUAUUUGGACUUUGAAGGAAAAUUACGAAAACUAUGUAGCCUCACUAUGAAAAGUUUUAUCAUAGAUUAUGAUUGCCUUCUAGAAGACAUUUUAGUACUGCAAGACGGGACUAAAAUACUUGCCGUAACAAAGCCUAAUGAGCUGGGAAAUUUUUAUUUGCAAUUAUUAGAAACAGAUUUCAAGCAAGUGUUUUCCUUGAAAUUGAAGGAACAAGUUCAUUUGGUAGAUGUUAACUCAACAACAGAUGAUUUACUAUUUCUCUCAUUUAUUAUGGGUCAAAGUGAAAGGAUUACGGAAUUACGUUUGAAAACUGUUUAUGAAAAGGAGCCGGAGUCAAGAUUCAAAGGACUGUUUAAAAGGCAGAGGUUCGAAGAAGCAGAAGCGUUCGCCAAAACAUUCAACCUAGAUCCUACUGUUGUCCUAAAGGCGAAAGCCGAAUCCAUUGUUGAUAAAACGAAAUGUAAUUCAGAAGAAAUAAACUUGUUGAUUGAACUCAUGGAUUCAAUUAACGAAAGUUAUUUUAGUUUGCAAUGCUGUAUGAAUGUGAAAUAUUCGAGCUUUGAUGGUGUCACGAAAAUUUUAAAAUAUGCUUCUAAGAUAUCUCCUAAAUCACUGGAAGAGAGAAAAGAAAAGAAAAAAUUAAUGGACCUGCUUUUCAGAUACGAAACAUUCAAUGUUUUACUAAAAUACAAAGUUGAAUCCGAUAUGCAGUCUUGGAUCAGAUUCGCAGUAUGCGAUUUAUUAGAAGAAGUUAAAGAUUGCUUAGAAAAUUUUCAAAUCGAAGAUGCAAUUAUAAUUUAUAGCAGAAUGGAUGAAGAAACUGUGAAAUCGUUAAAUGAAAAAUUUGUCAACGAUGUAUUGGACAUUUUUAAAAAUCUUCCCCAAGACCUCUACCAAUCGUUUUUACCCACCUUUUUUCCAAUAACCAUGACCCACCUUCCCUCUGCAAUGUCUCUUUUCGUAACCUGGUUACAAGACAAAAUUCUUCACAUGGAAAAACGGGAUGCUACUAAUUUUCCCGAAAACGGUGUAAAAAUGGUAGAAGACGUUCUCGAACUUAUCAGAGUCGAAAAACACGGCGUACUGUUGCGUCAAUGUAUGCUCAAUCGUAAGAGCCUCGAAAAUCUAUCGAAUCUAUUGAAAGGUUUAAAGACUCUGCAGAAGCUGAAGGAAAUGUAUGCGAUCAAAGUUGAAUUGAGCGAAUACUUAGAGGGUCCAAAAAAAUUUGUAAGCACACUUUUGCGAGUAUCCAUGCCUCCGGAACUCUACAAUGGAUUUUUGAAAAACUUCCUACAAAUCUAUAUGCUCCAGAACGACAUUAAUCAUAGUACGAUAUUCGCUGAAGAAAUUAACAAUCUGUUAAAAUGUAACGGCGACUGGUUGUCUACCAUAGAAAUUAUCUUCGAUAACAUUAGUUCCUUGGAUAUCAAACUUCAGAUUACGCAAAAAUUACUUUUAAAUUCUCCCGUACCCUGGUGUGACGCUGUAAAAAGGAUGGCUGAUCGAUCGUUGCAGUUUUCACAUCCCAUGGUCGAAACGAUAUCGAAAAUGUUGAGCAACGAAGGUCGAUAUAAAGUAAUUCAAAAUCGCGAAUAUUUGAUAAACGAGAGGAAACUUGACGAACAGUUUUGUAGGGUCGUAAACCGUAUUGUAUACGUUGACGAGCCACAAAUGGUUGAUGAUAUAUUUCACCUGUGUAGUAUUGAUGAUCAGUAUUUGAAUGCCACUUUCAUCUUAGUAAAUCAUUUUAUAUUAAAAGAAGAUUUAGAUCAGGCCAUAGCCGUGUUAGAUAGAAAUAAACCAGAAAUUUUGCACCGAUGUGGAAGAAGUCUCUUUGAAUAUGCUGAAAAUAUUAUCAAAGCAAGGUAUCAUAAAGCUUCGACGAAAGAAAAGUACUACAACUUUUUACCGAUUUUAAUCAAAAAGCUUAUUAAAAACGGCGGCUAUAAGGAAUGGGAAAUGCAUCAUGCCAAAGAACGUUUUAGAAUAAUGCAAGGCCAAUAUUUCUUCAAACAACAUUUUGGUAUCGAUUUUACCGAUGCUGAAUUUAAAUCUCCCAUGGAAAUUAUACAAAGCAUCGACUUGGCCUCUCGGGAUUUUACCGAGAUUCUUCAAUACGCUGAACAUAUAGCUUUCUUCUUGUCAAAGGAUACUGACGAGAUACUCUUACAAUUAUGCGACAGCAUCAAAAAAUUCGAUAUUCUUAUAAAGGCGGGAGAAUACUUAUACGAAACCGAUAGUAGCGCCAAAAAUCUUUGUCUGAUCACGAUGCUAUUUCUAAAAUAUUUGGGUAUUCAAAAUUGUUCUCAACUUCACACUACAGUAUUCGAGAAAAUCCACGAUCAAACGUUGCCGACUUUUGAUAAUUUGAAUUGCCUGGACGAAACCUCGGAAAAUGAUAAAUUUUUGAAAGGUUUAAAGUUGGGUUAUAAACUCAUCACAAAGGCUAUGGUAAAGGACGGUACAGAUCUUCAAAUAAACAAGGUUUCUAGGUGGUUAGAUGUUUGUUUCUCUUUAAUAAGACCGAAUAGCACCCUUCAUGACUAUUUACAUCCUAAUGUCUACUGUCCCAAACAAAUUAUGCCUAGUAGUACUGUGUUGCAAACAAUACAAUUCUGUUUUGAAGGUAUUUUUUCACGCGUAGAUGUCCACAAAGACUCUGAAUAUUAUUCUGUUUUCCCAUCAAACAUGGAAUUAGAAGAGGAACUAUUAACAGAAACAUCCAUUAAUACAACUCUUGCGUCGGCAAUAGACACAUUUUGUAGAGAAGGCCAAGCCCUGACGGCGUACUCAUUACUAACGACAGUCGCGAAUUCUCUGGUUUUGCAUCCAUCUCAAGAGAUUAGCGUAUUAAAACCUUUAAAAUUGCUGCUCGACAAAAAAUGUUUGGUACAAUUGAUUAAUGCAGUUGUAUCGGCUGAACACAUUGAUUUGGAGCUAUUGUACAAUUUAUUUUUAGCUAUGCCGCAGGACUACAAACAAUGUCUUACCUAUUUUUUGCAAACGCAUAGACGAAAUUUUAGGAAACUUAAAGAUUUGUCGAGGGUUGGUAUUGAAUUACUAGAUUCUUUCAAAGACACCGAAGGAAGAGAAAUUAUGAUAGAUGCCGUCAAAAGUUGCAAAUGGUGGAGCAGGUUAGCGCCUGUCCAUUCUAAAAUGAUCUACACGGAAUUUUUUAAAUCGGUCCCUGAUGCGAGAUUAAAAUUAGUAAUAAAUCUCGAUGCAGUUGGAUUUGAAGAAAUCAAUUCGUAUUGCAAAGACUUUAAUUUAGAUGUCGAUGAAUACUAUCGAGAAUAUUUAAAAAGUUCUCUACUAAAUUUUACGCCACAAUAUAAAAUUGAAAAGAUGAGGGACAAAAAAGUACUCAUUGUAGAAAAUAAUGAAGACAGUCUUUACAAAAAAUGUCAAAAAAUUAUUAAAUCAAUAAAAGAUAAAGCAAGAGCAUUUUUAGACAUGGUAAACAUAUUAAAAGAGGUGAAUUUCUAUUAUUACGAAGUCUUUUUGACCAUCUACAAGCUCUUAGAAGAUAAUACCCAAACAACCUACUCCGAGGAUAAAAAGAUGGUGUUAUUUUUGAAAGAAUAUACUAGAUUCGGAAGGCCCAGUCAAAGAGAGAAAGAAGCGUGGUACAUAACGUUUCCAGACACGCAAAUUUUGGAUCCGCUUUCCGAAGUUCGCGUACCCUUUAUACCUUUAUUGUUUUCUUCGGAAAUUUGGAGCAUUUUAAGACCCGAAGUCAGUUUGACUUCUUACAAAUUGUGGUUUAAUGCUACAUCUAUAUUGAUUAACAAUUUGAAAGUAGAUGAUAUAUGCGUGUAUGCUGUAAAAAAUGUGGUUUCCAGUGGUAUUUUAGGAACCUAUGUACCCAACGAUUGGAAGCUUUAUUCCGAAUUCGAUGAUCUUCUUCAUAAGGUUGAUGAAUGCGUUCAGAAUAUAAAGAAUUUGGAAAGUGCAACCUCGGUCGUUUACGAAUUGAUGAACAAUAUACCAAAUGGAGCGGAUAAAGUGAAAGCAGCAGAAUUGAGUUUGAAAUAUGCGGUUCAAUACAGAGGACAGAAUAUGAAUAACUCCGAAGUGGAAAAGACCUUCAAAAAACUUACAAACAAUUUUUACAGUUUAUCAGUUAGACACGUUUUGCAUAGAUACAAUUUGAACAAAGAAAUCUAUUUGAAAUUGGUUACGCAGCCCGAGAUUCUGAUCGAAAACCUUUAUACGGAUGAAAGGGUUUCUAAGCAGACAGUUUCUUUGAGUUUGGAUUAUUCAGAUAUCAACGAUGCAGUAGAUGCCAUAUCGGAGCUUUUCGGCUUAGAUGUCGGGAAUAUAAGAUUCAGUUUAUUAAAACGUUGGUUAAGCAGUCCGAAUGAUUUCGAUAUCACACUAACGUUAUCUCCCUUCAAGAAUAAUUCGUUCAACCGCGUUGAGGACGAUGAUAAUUUAAAAAGGGCUAUUUAUAUAUGCAACAGUAGAAAUCAACAGCAUUUGGAAACGUAUCUGUUAGAAGUGGUACUAACUGAGGACGAUUUAGAUGUCAGCGACAGAAAUAUGGUUUUCAAAGCGAACGCUGCUAAGUGUUUUUGUGCUAUUACAGACGAAGCGAGAAUAAUUGAAGUUACGAAGUUAUCUUAUGAUGAGUUUCUUAAAUAUGUUGAUAAGCUAGCUCUAUUAAGCGAAUUGGAGUCUCUAGGAAUAAUGUUGAAUAUAGAAACCCUAAAUGUGAUGAGUAAAAAAGAAUUGCUUAAGAAAUUAUCUCAUAUGGGUAAACCUCUGGCCAUUAAGUGUAUGGGCGCCGUUUGCAUGACGUAUUUCCUAGAGGAACAUAAAUAUUGGGAAUACAUUAUAAAUUGUUCUAUCAAAUUUGGAAUGAUAGCAGAUUUGAAAACGUACGUUGAUUUUCUGAAAAAUAAAUGCGACAAACAGUUUUAUAUAAACGCUUGGCAAGUCAUAAUAGAUAAAACAUUUCAAGAACUCAUUCAUGUAUCUAAUGAGGACUUGGAAAAAACUUUGAUCAACAACUUUUUAAUGAUUCAGUCUUGUCCAGUUGUGUUCUCGCUUAAUUUCGAAAAAAUUAUAGAGAUAACUAUUAAUAUAAAUAAGAAAGAAUAUGCUGCUCUGAUUCUUCAAUAUAUGACUGAAGAAAAAAGGUCAAAUGUAAUAAAGGAGGGUUUAUUCCACGAGACUGAUUUUACAAAAUUGAAGAAUAAAGGACUAUGGGGCGUGCAUAAUUUAAAUACAAAUAAAUUAUAAUUUAAUUAGUUAUAAUUUGUAAAUAAAAGUUUUUAUUUUUAUGUAUUUUAUUUAUAUACCAAGAAUAAAUGUUCAAAAAUGUGUGUGUUUCUUCUAAUGGCCUUAAUAAUCGCAGGUGAGAGCUAGACGAGCUACUCUGUGGCGCCACUCAGUCGCGCUGCUAAGUGGCGUGCACGUGCCACUCGGUUGUUCGUGUGGGCGUGCUAGCUACUAAGUAGCACGAUUGCAUGAUAGGCUCAUGUUUGAAGCUAAUUAAAAUUUGCCAGUGUCAUUAUGGACGAGGAAGUACUCCUUCUAGAGAUACUUACAUGUCUUGUUCUUUGCACCAGAAUCCAUUACUUCAAUAUUUUCUAAGAAAAUUCCACAAAUUUCCUCCCAAGCCUUACUUUUUAAUAUCCUAUUGCUAUAUUCUUUCGAACUGCAGGAUGUCGACUAAUCGAUAUGAAUCGAACGCCAUAUUACUCAAUACUGAACCCAAACAAUCAAAAUAAAAUAUCUCUACCAAUGUUA